CUUCAAAAUCUUGACUGCAUGGUGUCAGUUGUAAGCAAUGAAGGGGACAUGUUUAAUAUCCUUUCACGAGCAGCUGAUAAAGAGUUCAACACGUCCUUAUCCUCAUCGGUUCAGAACAAGGGAUUCUACAUAAACACCUUCAUCCCAGAGAUUCUGGAGCUUUAUUUCGGUGCAUCGUCUCCUGACAUGACACAGGCUGUGGCUAAGGUGUAUCUGCCGCCUCACAGUCCUACCGUUGAUCUCCAGGCAGUAAUGAACACUCUUGGUGAUGCUGGGAUGGUCGUCCCCGUGACGCUCUUUGCGAGGGCUCAUGCAAAGCUGACAAGACACUUGAAGACAGGAAUGAAGACCUACAUGUAUGUGUUUGACCACAUCCCAUCUUUUAUUCCUGGCCAUGGCAAGGGGAUGAAUCAUGGUGAAGACCUUACUUACACUUUCGGUCUCAACAAAGCCUUCAUGGCUGCAGUGGCGAAACAGUUCCCAAAUUCUACAACUGUGCCAGACCAAUCCGAAAAGGAGCUCUCACAUACAUUGAUGGGACUGCUAACAGAUUUCGCAAGAUAUGGUGACCCCAACAACGCUGUACGGUUUGGCCUGAACCAGACUUGGCCUGCGUUCGCGGAGCCAGGGGAACACUAUCUACUGCUGAACACCACCAUGUCCGUGCAGUCCAGCCCCUUCAAGGACAGGGUUAAGUUAUGGGCGCAAAAACUGCCGCGUCUCCUCCAUGCCUUGCAGAACCAGCAUCACACCACAAACCCCAACCCUCAGAUUAUCGGGUAGCUGUGCAACGACUGCAAGAAGCUGAGUUGUCGAAUUAAAAAAUGGGAAUUGUC